AUGGCGUCUUUUGCGACCCAUCUUGUUGUUGUUGUCACCAUGUUGGUUGCAUCCGUGGCCGUCGCAGAUUCCAACAUGCUUCAAGAUGUUUGUGUUGCUGAUUUGUCUAAUGCGGUCAAGGUCAACGGAUACACUUGCAAGGAUUCGACACAAGUAACACCGGAAGACUUCUACUCCCAGGGCUUGGCCUCCGCUGCCGCAACCAACACCCCCACCGGUUCAGUCGUGACCGGAGCCAACGUGGAGAAGCUACCAGGACUCAACACUCUCGGCCUCUCCAUGUCCCGCAUCGACUACGCACCAAACGGCCUAAACCCACCGCACGUGCACCCACGUGCCUCCGAGAUCAUCUACGUCCUCGAAGGUCAGCUCAACGUCGGCUUCGUAACAACCGCCGGGAAACUCAUCGCCAAAAACAUCAAGAAAGGAGACGUUUUCGUUUUCCCGAAAGGGCUUCUCCAUUUCCAGAAGAACACGGCCAAUGCUCCAGCCUCCGUAAUCGCAGCUUUCGAUAGCCAACUGCCCGGAACACAGUCCCUCGUGGCAUCUCUCUUUGGAGCUCUUCCCGAAGACAUUCUUGCUCAGUCGUUCCAGAUCAAACCCAAACAGAUCAAGAAGAUCAAAUCCAGAUACCCAGCCAAGAAAUGA